AAACUUAUGUACCAUAUAAAAUAAUUGAAUGGAUUCCAUAUGAUAAUUUAGAAGACAUUAAAUAUCUAACAAAAGGUGGAUUUUCUGAAAUUUAUACAGCAAUUUGGAUUGAUGGAAGAUGUGAUGAAUGGGAUUCUAAAGAACAAAGAUUAAUAAGAUUUGGAUCUAUCAAUGUAGUUCUUAAAAGCUUAGAAAAUGUUGAAAGUGCAAAUCAAAGUUGGUUUGAAGAGGCUAAAUCACAUUUAACUAUAAGUAAUAUAUAUGAAGAUGUUGUUGGGUGUUUUGGUUUAACACAAAAUCCAUCAAAUAAAAUUAUAUGCUUGUAAUAAGAAAAAAGGAUGUUGAUUUGAGAAAUUAUUUACAACAAAAUCAUAAUCUACUCACAUGGAAAGAAAGAAUUAGCAUUAUAUAUGAAAUAACUAGUGCACUUUAUUUUAUUCAUAAAGAAAAUGCAAUUCAUAGAGAUUUGCAUUCUGGAAAUAUAUUAUACUCAAAAUUUAAUGAUUCUUGGUAUAUUAGUGAUCUUGGAUUUUGUGGACCUGCUGAUAAAUCAUCAAAAAGCAUAUAUGGAAAUCUUCCUUACAUAGCACCUGAAGUCAUUAUUGGAAAGGAUUAUACUUUUAAAUCUGAUAUUUAUACUAUAGCAAUUCUUAUGUGGGAAAUUUCUUCUGGACAACUACCAUUUAUUAAUUAUAAAUAUGAUGAUUAUGAUCUUGCAAUGGAUAUAAUUAAUGGUAUGAGGCCGGAAAUUGUUUUAGAAAUUCCUUUAGAAUAUAAAAAAUUAAUGGAACAAUGUUGGGAUGCUGAUCCAUCAAGAAGACUUGAUAUUAUUACACUUGAUGAAAAAAUAGGUGAAAUUCAUUUAUUGUAUCAAAGUAAACCAGAUGAGUUAACUCUUCAAUCAAAUGUAAAUAGUAAUGACUUAGAGAUGAAUAAGACAAAUAUGAAUUAUACAAGUAGCAGAUUAUUUACAACUAAAGUUUAUCAAUUUGAAAAUUUUCCUGAACCAAGAAAUGCAACAAAAGAAGAACAAAAAGCAUUUUAUAGUAAAUCAUAUAACUUCACUAUUCCCUACAAUGUUGAUGAUUUUGAUAGUCAGAUUUCCAAAGAUAAUAGUAAAAGUGAAUUAUCCAAAGAAUUUAUUAAGUUAAAAAUAAAUGAUAUUCAAACCGAUUAUAAUGAAGAAAAAAUAAUGCCACAGCGUAUUGUUAUUGAUGAUGGAGAUGAGAUGUAUAAUGAUCCAAAUCUUCAUUCAGAAGAACAAGAUGAAUUGGAAAUACCUGAUGAUCUUUAGAUUGUUUAAAUAUGAGUGAUUUUUUUUUACAACUGAAAUUUACUAUUCUGUCAAAAUUUUUUUUAUUAACAAUUAUUUAACACUAAGACUAGAGUAGCAAAAUCUAUUGCAGGUUUCUUAGUUUGUAAUUGGAUAAUUCAUCGUUAUAUUUUUUAUCCAACAUUAAGAUUAGAGUAGCAAAAUAUUUUGCAAAUUUCUUAGAGUUUGUAAUUGUUAUA